GUGCGCCGUGCACUGAAACUAUGCCACGCCACGCCACGCGUGUUCCCAUCCUAUCUAGAUGGAUGAAGUCAAGUUUGUAAUCCAUCGACCAUAUUAUUUUAACUCACAUGCCUGCUGCAAAUCUUUUGAUAUUUUGCCGGAACACUAGCUAUCGCUGCUGGCCGUUGAGUGCCAUGGCGACGGCGAAGCUCCACUUCGUGCUGGUGCCGCUCAUGGCGCAGGGCCACGUGUUCCCCAUGGUCGACCUGGCGCGCGUCGUCGCCGGCCACGGCGCGCGCGUCACCGUGGUGCUGACACCCGUGAACGCCGCGCGCAACAGGACCCUCCUGGAGAACGUCGCGCGGGCGGGGCUCGCCGUCGACGUCGCCGAGCUCCCCUUCCCGGGGGCCGCGGUGGGCCUGCCCGAGGGCUUCGAGAGCCUCGACAUGGUGACCGACAUAUCCCUCGCCAUCCGGUUCUACCAAGCCAUAGAUCUGCUCGCCGAGCCGCUCGAGGCGUACCUCCGGUCGCUGCCCAGGCGCCCGGACUGCCUCGUCGCCGACGCGAGUGGCUCGUGGACGGCGGGCGUCACGCGGCGGCUCGGCGUCCCUCGGCUGGUGUUGCACGCCUCGUCCGCGUUCAACCUCCUCGCCAUGCACAACCUGGCCCAAGCACGGCACGUGUGCGACCGCGCUGCCGACGACUUCGAGCCGUUCGAGGUGCCGGAAUUCCCGGUGCGCCUGGUUGUCAACCGGGCGACGUCGUUCGGCUUGCGACUGAUGGAGAACCAGCAGGUGGAGACGGUCGAAGCCGAGGCCACCGCCGACGGCAUACUCGUCAACUCGUGCACGGAUUUGGAGGGCGCGUUCCUCGAGCGCUACGCGGAAGCGCUCGGCCGGAAGUUAUGGGCAAUCGGGCCGCUCUGCCUCCUCAACACCAACGCCGCCGGCACGGUGGCACGUAGGGAAAACCGUACGGCCAUGGACGUCGAGCACAUCGUGUCCUGGCUGGACGCGCGGCCAGCGGCGUCUGUGCUCUACAUCAACUUCGGCAGCAUCGCCCGCCUGUUCCCGCCGCAGGUUGCCGAGCUCGCCGCCGGGCUGGAAGCAUCCCGCCGGCGGUUCAUCUGGGUAGUCAAAGAGACUGCCGGCCUCGACGUAGAGUUCGAGGCCCGUGUCAAGGACCGGGGCCUGGUCAUCCGCGGGUGGGCGCCGCAGAUGACCAUCCUGUCACAUCCAUCCGUGGGUGGCUUCCUGACGCACUGUGGGUGGAACUCGACAGUGGAGGCUGUCUCCCACGGCCUGCCGCUGCUGACCUGGCCACACUUCGCCGACCAGUUUCUGAACGAGGCGCUAGUCGUCGACGUGCUAGGCGUCGGUGUCCGUGUUGGCGUGAAGGUGCCAGCCACGCACAUAGGGCUCGUGAAGCCCGGGGAGCUGCUGGAGGUGCAGGUCGGUAGGGACCUUGUGGAGAGGGCGGUGGCCGAGGUGAUGAACGAAGGGCCAGCCGGCGCGGCGCGGCGGGCUAGGGCGAAUGAGCUUGCGGAUAAGGUUAGGGCCGUGAUGGUUGAGGGCGGGUCGCCGGACACUAAUGUCAAGGACAUGAUCCGCCACAUCGUCGAGCUCCCGCGGAAGGAGGGCAUGGCUUUUGGUGCGGCAGAGGUCGUGAUGAGCAAGGGCAAGGAGAAGAAGAUGGACGACACAGAUGGCAAGCUCCCAGUGGCGUCCGAAUAAAGUUCCUUGAAUUACAAAAUAAGAGUACUUUUACAAUCAAACCCUCUAUAUACUUUCUGGUGCCAGGUGGCUGGUAGUAUAUUUCAACGCUCUUGAAAUUAAGCCCUGGUUGUGUUGUUGAAUCAUGCAAAGACGAGUUUAACUGGUCCUCUCUUUAUGGCAAAUACCAGCUAAAGCAACUUUAUUAGUGAA